GAGAGAGAGAGAGAGUCAGGGGACGAGCUGAGCACCAACUCCACCGACAGACUCAGAGUGUGUUCAGCAGAGAGCGAGAGCGGGCAAGAGACAUACACUCACUGAGGGCCAGAACUGACCAAAGCACUAGAGCAGAUUAUUUCCUCUUCUGUUUUACUCUGAAGCAGCAGAGAGAGAGUAUCUGACAGACGGGUGAUUCUGAGUUAACUGUGACAGACAGGUGAAGCACACAGACAGGUGAAUCUGAGUUCACUGUUACAGACAGGUGAAGCUCCUCUGACUGUCCAUUGAUGAUGGAUGAUUACAAUCUUCCCUUCUGGAUUUACCUGGCUGUUGUGACCGUGUUUGUCGGCGGAGCCAUGAAGAAAAUUUUGGCUUCCCACCUGAGCGCAGCCCCCCCACUGGUGGCGUGGCUGGGGGCGACUGUGUUGGUGGAGCGUCUGUGGGCGCUCUGCCUGCCAGCCAUGCUGCUGCUGGCGCUGCUUGCCCUCGCCUGCUGCCUCUACUCGACCAGGACCGGCCCACCGCCUGCAGCCCUGUCCACCCAUGGCAAAGCCAUCCUCAUCACAGGCUGUGACUCUGGGUUCGGGAACGCGGCGGCGAAGCAUCUGGACGCUCUGGGCUUCGAGGUGUUUGCCACAGUAUUGGACCUGUCAGGUGAUGGAGCCAGAGAGCUGCAGAAGACCUGCUCCACCCGCCUCACCCUCCUCCAGGUGGACAUCACCCAGCCGCAGCAGGUCCAACAGGCGCUUCUGGACACCAAGGCCAAACUGGGCCUCAGAGGUCUGUGGGGUUUGGUGAACAAUGCUGGAGUGUGUGUGAACUUUGGAGACGCAGAGCUGUCGCUGAUGUCAAACUUCCGCGGUUGCAUGGAGGUGAACUUCUUUGGCACGCUGAGCAUCACCAAGAGCUUCCUGCCGCUGCUGCGACAGUCCAAAGGACGCGUCGUCACCAUCUCCAGCCCUGCAGGUGACCAGCCUUUUCCCUGUCUGGCAGCGUAUGGAGCAUCAAAAGCUGCUCUCAACCUCUUCAUGAACACUCUGAGACACGAGCUGGAGCCCUGGGGCGUCCAAGUGUCCACCAUCCUGCCCUCCUCAUAUAAGACAGGUCGCUGCAGUAACCAGUCGUACUGGGAGCAGCAGCACAAACAGCUGCUGCAGAGUCUUCCUCCAGCGCUGCUCGAGGACUACGGCGAGGACUACAUGGCCGAGACCAAGGAGCUGUUUCACAGCUACGCCAGGCAGGCCAACCCUGACCUCAGCCCCGUCACCAACGCCAUCGUCCAGGCGCUGCUUUCGCCACAGCCACAAGCGCGUUAUUUUGCAGGGCCCGGCGUCGGCCUCAUGUACUUCAUCCACAGCUACUGCCCCUUCAGCAUCAGCAACCGCUUCCUCCAGAAACUGUUCAUGAAGAAGAAGCUGAUGCCGCGUGCUCUGAGGAAGCAGUCGGGCUUGGACCUGAACCUCAGCCUCCACAACAACAACAACAACAACAACAACAACGAGGAGGAGGAGAAGGAGGAGAAGCACAAGUAGCUGUGAGACGGUAGACGCCUCCUGCAGAUAGAGGACCACUUCUGUAAUGCACUCAUAGAGCUGUUUCCUGUCCUUUUGUAUUUUCUACCUGUUGAAGGGAUCAUAGUGACGCACCAAAAUGUUUCUGUCUGUUUCUGUAUCGUCACGUCCACCUGAGGACGACGAGGACACACGAGAGUUCAGGGGACGGGGUCUGGGAGAGGUGUGGCCACAGGUGGAUGAGAGAACAUGUCACCUCUGUCAGCUGUACUGUACACACACACACACACACACACACACACACACACACACACACACACACACACACACACACUCACACACACACUCUGACUUCAUGUGCCUUCAUCACAGAGACAGAAACACUGCAGCUGCUCCUCAAACUCGUAUGAAACAUCAGCACAGACGAACAGACGGACAUGUGUUCAUGUAUUUCAUUCUAAUGUGCCUCAGAGAGACGGAGGGAAGAUCAAACUGUUUCAUUUCACAUGUUGAGUCUCUUAAUCAACAACUUCAUUGCUGAGUCGGCAGUUUCACAAAGCUGUCUGAUGAUGUCACUGCGUCUUUGGAGCUCAACAAUGUAAAAUAAACCAUUUGUAAAAA